AUGUUCAGGAGAAGGAAAGAAGCUCCUCGAGUCUUCGGUGCGCACAUUGAAAACUCUGAGGAGCUCGUGAAGCGGCUGCAGAAGCGGUGGAACGGUCACCAUGUGAUCGAGUCGCUGAAGUACAAGUUGCGGGAGUAUGAAGCUCAAUACGGGGUCUUCGAUGAGAACAAGAAUCGCCAUGGAGAUACAGAGCUGGCCAUCCUGCAGAAGGUCGUGGAAGAUGGCGAAGUGGCGGAGAGUAUGCAGCCCUCAGAGCGCGCCACGCUCCACAUCCUGCAGCACGGCUUGCGAGACUACAUCGACUUUGCGCUGGAUGAGUUGGGCCGACAUGCACGGGUGGUGCACACCGUCACGGAUGAAGAGGGCUUUGUCUGGAGCAGACAAGGGGACCCGUCCUACAACCCCGGGCUGAAGUGCUCCGUGGUGGAGAAUGCCGUGGGCAGCGAUAUGGAUAGGACAUCGCCGCCAAAGCCAUUCACAGAACUCAGCUCCCGCCUCACGGAGUUCGGCGAGGGCGCCUGGUGGUUCACGGACCCCGCCCCGGGCGCAAGGCCCUUCUCGGCAGCAGACAAGAAGGAGCUUUUUGAGAAGGACGGCAUUGAUGGACACGGGGGCUGCCAAGCCAAUGUUUUCCUCAACGGACACGUCGCCAUUGGAGAGGUUUAG